GCUCAGUUUCUGGGCUCCAGAGCAAAGGAUGGUCAAACCACAGGAGCAAGACCAGGCCCUCCUGUCCAGCCCAGCUCCUCCCAUUCAGCAAGGGCACUUGCUCUUCCCGGUUCUCACCAGAGAGGCACAAGCGCUCCGUCCCCUCCCGAGGCAGGCGCGAAGGGAAGAGAAAGGCUCUGUUGUUUUUCUCUCCUUCUUUCUCUCUUCUCCCUCGCUGCCGAUCAGCAAGCUGCUGACCGGGUCAGGAAGCCCUGAUGGCCAUCCUCCAGGACGGGGCAGGCCCCUCCUCCAUCCGAGAGUUUGUCCUUGACUAAUUUCUCUUUGUCCCGAUGGGGGAGCAAAGAGAGAAAGAAAAGAAGAAAGAAAAUAGCCACAAACUUCCUCUGAAAGCCGGCUUGGAGUCAGGGCCUGGAGCUAACGCCCUGGACGCAACGACUCCUGAAGCCUGAGGAGGUGCUGGGCGCCCAGUGAGCUUGGGACUGCUGGCCUGUCGGCCCCCGCCCGCCCCGGGUGCCCCCAGGCUGUGGGCGUGAAUCGGGAAGUAGCCGUGACCAGGCGGAGAACAGCGCUCCUGAAUGUGGAGACGCUCUAGCUUUGACAGCUGGGAGGCAGCAGGGGCUGUGGCAGCGCCCUUCAUGGUCCCCACCUGCCCGCAGGGAUUGAACGAGCUGAACUCUGCAUCCGUGCUUUAAGGCACUUCGACUCCACCUUCCUGGGACAAUUCAGUCCCACUGGAAUUGUCCUUCCCAAGGCUGUCCUUUGUUGGUUCUCUCUGGUCGCAGCAAGUUAGAGGUGACAGGCACUCCACUUGAGGCCCUUCUGUUGAUCCAGACCUCGGAAGCAGCCAGCCUCUGUCUGGUAGCCUAGAGUGUUGCACUCACAUUUCAGCCCCAGGACCUGUGUGUCUCUGGUUGAGCGCCUGUCCAAUGACUCCUCUCCUCUUGGGUCCGCCUCCCUUUUACACCCCAAGUCUAGACUAGACGAAUUUCCAGAAGAACCUCUUCAGGGGGUGUCUCUGACCAUGGACCACCAGGAACAAGAGCCUCCAGCUUCAGCAGAGGCUAGGACUGCAGAUACAGCAAGCCUGGAAGAUCCUGAGGUCCCCUUAGAGCCAGCAGAGCUCCCUCUCAGCAAGGACACCAGAGACGCUGACAAGGCAGCUGGACCACAGGAGCUGGCAGGCCCAGCCCAGGAGCUGCCUGCCCAGAGGCAGGAGCCUGCAGACCCAGCCCAGGAACCACCUGCCCAGAGCCUGGAUGGCCUCAAGGACCCUUCACCUGGUGCAGACUCCAGCCAACUAGAGCCAGCCCAGCAGGCAGGGUCUGAGGUAGAGACAGUGGGGGCCAGCCCCAGGCCCCAGGAGCCUCUUCAGUCCCCCAGGGCUCGACAGUCUGAGGUGGAUUUCUACUGUGUCAAAUGGAUCCCCUGGAAGGGAGAGCGCACUCCCAUUAUCACCCAGAGUACCAAUGGCCCUUGCCCUCUCCUUGCCAUCAUGAAUAUCCUCUUUCUUCAGUGGAAGGUGAAACUGCCUCCCCAGAAGGAAGUCAUCACAUCAGAUGAGCUCAUGGCCCAUUUGGGAGACUGCCUCCUGUCCAUCAAGCCCCAGGAGAAGUCAGAGGGCCUUCAGCUCAAUUUCCAGCAGAAUGUGGAAGAUGCAAUGACUGUGCUGCCAAAACUGGCCACAGGCCUGGAUGUCAAUGUGCGCUUCACGGGUGUCUCAGAUUUUGAGUACACACCUGAGUGCAGCAUCUUUGACCUGCUGGGCAUACCUCUCUACCACGGCUGGCUGGUCGACCCACAGAGUCUCGAAGCUGUGAGUGCAGUUGGGAAGCUCAGUUACAACCAGCUGGUGGAGAAGAUCAUCACUUGCAAACACUCCCAGGACACCAAUCUGGUGACGGAAGGCCUAAUAGCAGAGCAGUUCUUGGAGACAACGGCAGCACAGCUGACCUACCAUGGCCUGUGUGAACUGACAGCCACCGCCAAGGAGGGGGAGCUCUGCGUCUUCUUCCGCAACAACCACUUCAGCACGAUGACUAAGCACAAGAGUCACCUGUACCUGCUGGUGACAGACCAGGGCUUCCUCCAGGAGGAGCAAGUGGUGUGGGAGAGCCUGCACAACGUGGACGGGGACAGCUGCUUCUGUGACUCCGACUUUCACCUGAGUCAUUCCCUGGGCAAGGACCCUGGAGCGGAAGGGGGGAGUGGCUCUCCAGAAAAGCAGCGGCAGCUCGAUCAGCAGCAGCAGCAGCCACAAGGUGCAGUGGGUCUCAGUGACUUGGAACUGGCCCAGCAGCUGCAGCAAGAGGAGUACCAACAGCAACAGGUGGGCCAGCCCGCACAGGUGCGGGGCCCACUGCCGCAGGUGAGCCUCAGCUCCUCCUCCUUCUCUGGGCUUAUCCCACACCCCUGGCAUUCUCACCCUGCUUUGGUGUCCACAAGACCCAGGUUAGAGUCUGGCCCUCAUCACCCUGGAGGAAGCUUCUAUACUGUGAUCUCUUUCCCUUUCUCCCUCUGUUUCUUGAUUUUUUUUUUUUUUUUUUGGAGAGGGGAUGAGAAGAUAGAGUGGGGGAGAGAAAGAGAGAGACCUGCAGACCUGCAUCACCACUUGUGAAAUGUCCCCCUUGCAGGUCGGGAGCUGGGGGCUUGAACUGAGAUCCUUGUGUGGGCCCUUGCGCUUUGUACUAUAUGCACUUAACCUGCCCCAAACCCUUCUCACUCUUUUAAAGGAAGGGGUUAAUGCCUUGAUUUUGUUCUUAUAUUGCUUUCUUUUUUCAAAAGAUUUAUCUUUUUUUAAUUUUUAAGUAUUUUUCUUUUCUUUUUUUAAAUUUUAUUCUAGAGAAAGAUACAGAAGGAGAGAGACCAGAGCACAGCUCUGGCUUAUGGUAUUCUGGGGAUUGAACCUGGAACUGAGGAGUCUCAGGCAUGAAAGCCUUUUACAUAACCAUUAUGCUGUCUCCCCAACCCUUAUUAUUUUUUUGCAUAGAGACAAGGAAAGUAAAAGAGACCCCAGCACCAAAGUUUCUUUCAAUGCAGUGGAAACUGGGCUCGAACCGGGGGCAUGCACAUGGCAAAGCAGCACACUGUUCAAGUGAGCUAUUUUGCUACUUCUGUCUCUCUAAAGAAAGUACGGGGGUCUGGGCAGUAGCGCAGCAGGAUAAGUGCACAUGGUGCAAAGCGCAAGGACUGGCAUAAGGAUCCCAGUCCAAGCCCCUGGCUCCCAACCUGGAGGGGGGUUGCUUCAGAAGCAGUGAAGCAGGUCUGCAGGUGUCUAUCUUUCUCUCCCCCUCUGCCUUCCCCAUCUCUCUACAUUUCUCUCUGUCCUGUCCAACAACAGCAAUAACAAUAAUAACAACAACAACAAGGGCAACAAAAAUAGGGAAAAAUGGCCUCCAGGAGCAGUGGAUUCAUAGUGCAAGCCCCAGCGAUGACCCUGGAGGCAAAAAAAAAAAAAAAGUACGUGGGCAGGCAAGGUGACUCACUGGGAUCGGUCACUUGCUUUAUCAUGUGCACAAGACCCAGUGGAUCCUAGCUCCCACUGCACUAGUGGAAGCUUUAGUGCUGUGAAGUUGUUCCCUCCCUUUUUAAUAUUUAUGAGAACCAAAGCAUCCAUCUAACACUUGUGAUGCUGGGGAUCAAACUCAGUACCUCAUGCUUGUAAGUCCAACAUUUUAACCACUGUGCUACUUCCUGGGUAUCUGUCUCUUUCUUUCUUCCUUCCUUUCUUUCUUUCUUCCUUUCUUUUUUUUUUU